UAUCUUGAGAUUUUAGAAUAAGUCAGCUGUUAGUCCAAAUCGAAGUCGCAAACUUUAGAAUAAAGACUGGAUUCUUGACAUUAUUCCUUUUACUUUUCUCAUACACAAAACAUAACUGUGCCUUUGUAUUCUUCUUUUCAAUUUUUCUUCUAUUACUCCAUUAAUAUUUAAAGACACUGUAAAAAUGUAAAUAAACAUGCAAGUAAUUAUAGCUUAAAGUUUUUUUAUAUCACACGUGCGUGGAAAGUGGCCUAUUACGCGCGUGUUUUUUGUGCGACAAAUAGCCACGUCCACACACGAGAAAUUUUCCACUCAAAAGAGUGCGGUAAUAUCUCAAUAUUUCCUGUUCCUAUUUGCCUGUUGCCUGGCAUUGCAUUGUGCAAGGGGCUUUUCCUUCACUAGUUCUUUUAUUUCUCAGUUUUCUCACAUCUUCUUAACGACAUCUCGCGGCGCGCGGAAACACCCCGCGAAUUACCACAGUACCACAGCGAUCAGCGCAGAUCAGCGAUACUCAACAUAACCUUCUCAAAUAACUGAACAUACAAAUAAAGUCAUUGUGAACAUACACAGUAAAGUUAACAAAAAUAAAAAAGAAUUCGCAACAAGUUACUAAGAAGAAAAAAUAAAAAAUGAGUGACGAAAGCAUCAUCAUACCAGACAACAUAUCAGAAACCGAUAGCGACGACCAACCAACACCUCCCGAGAUAGCACAAAGGGCAAAAAACAGGAUAGAAAAUGUCUUACCUACAAAAUCCAAAGAAAAAUAUACAAAUACAUAUAACAAGUUUAUGCAGUGGACAAUUACUAAAGAAACGAAACCAUUAUCGGAAAACACAAUAUUAACAUAUCUCACAGAAUUAUCAAAAACACAUAAACCAUCCACCUUAUGGGCAACUUACUCAAUGCUCAAAACGACUCUGAAUAUUAACAACAAUAUUAAUAUUACUGAAUAUGGUAGACUCAUUCCAUUCCUGAAGAAACAGUCAAAAGGAUAUAUACCAAAAAAAUCAAAAGUAUUAACAUCAGAACAAAUUCAAAAAUUUCUCAACAAAGCUGAUGACCAAAAAUAUUUAUUUUACAAGGUUGCUAUGAUAUUUGGAAUUUGUGGUGCAUGCAGAAGAGUGGAACUCACCAAUAUAACAAUUAAUGACAUCGAAGACAAAGAAACUAUCUUGCUCGUUAAAAUUCCAACUACAAAAAAUUACAAACCGAGAACUUUCAUAAUCACCGAUGAAUUCUACACUAUAUCUAAAAAAUAUAUAAAUUUGAGACCAAAAAACGCCCAAACCUCAAGAUUUUUUCUAAAUUAUCAAAAUGGAAAGUGCACCAACCAACCAGUUGGAAUCAACAAAUUCGGAAAGAUUCCAACAAUUAUCGCAUCAUAUCUACAAUUAGCAAAUCCUCAAUCUUAUACUGGCCACACCUUUCGUCGCACUGGUCGCCUCUCUGCCACGCUGCUAGCAGACUGGAAAUCCAAUACAGUUGCUGAAGGAUACAUUGCUGAUGAGGACUUGAUCAAUAACGAAAAUUUUUUUUUCGUGGAGUGCGGAGCGGACGCACGAGCCGAAGAAGCCGCUGAAGCACAAUUCAAUGUCAGUUGUCAGUCAGUAGUCAGUCAGGACACGUCAUUCACGGCCAGCCAGAUGUCUUAUGGCGCAAUAAACCCGGGCAUUCGCGAUUAUGCGAAGGAAAAUAAUGCUAUUAUCGUCGAUCUACGAAGCGACACGCUCACGAAGCCAAUAGCGGCGAUGAGGAAAGCUAUGUUUGAGGCGGAAGUAGGGGAUGACGUCUUCGAGGAAGAUCCUACGGUAAAAGAAUUACAAAAAAUGGCUGCGACUUUGCUUGGAAAGGAAGAUGCACUUUUUGUUAGCUCUGGUACAAUGGGAAACUUGAUCGCUGUUAUGAAUCAUUGUGAUGUGCGUGGCAGCGAAAUCUACUGUGGAAACGAGUCGCAUGUGUUUCUUCAUGAACAGGGUGGUGCAGCGCAAAUAGCCGGUGUGAGCAUUUGUCCUCUGUUUAACAACGACGACGGUACGUUCGAUCUGAAGUGCCUCGAGAGUGCGAUUCGCGUGGACCGAAUACACGAACCGAUCUCAAAGCUGGUCAUGGUGGAGAAUACGAUAAACGGAAAAGUCGUUCCUCAGUCAUGGGUCGAGGAGUUGGCGAUGGUGGCGAAGAAGCACAAUCUUAGGAUGCAUUUGGACGGGGCACGACUGUGGAAUGCCUCGGCCGCGUCAAAGAUCUCGGCGAAGGAUCUAGCAGCUCCGUUCGACUCGGUCACUUUUUGCUUGAGCAAAGGAUUGGGCGCUCCCGUGGGGUCUGUGCUCUGCGGAAGUAAGAGCUUUAUCGCUAACGCGAGGAGAAGGCGCAAGGUGCUGGGUGGUGCUAUGCGACAGGUCGGCGUGAUCGCUGCGGCCGGGCUCGUCGCCCUGGAACAGACAGUGCCACGACUAGUAGAAGAUCACAGAAAAGCAUUUGUUAUCGCGGAGGCAAUCAAUCAAUUGGAUACCAAAAUAUUCAGUGUAGACCUGAAAACCACGCACACCAAUAUGAUAUUCAUAAACGUGAAUACCGACAGUGGCAUUUCCGCCGAGACUCUCAUGAAGAGGCUCCAUCAAGUGAAUGAUUUCAAUGAUGAUGAUGAUAAGAUCAUAAUCAGAUGCCUGGCUCUCACGGAAAGAUUGGUCAGAAUGGUUCUCUAUUAUGAUAUCGAUGACACGAUGGUAGCUGCUGCGAUUCGUAAAUUAAGAUACGUUAUCAAGGAAUUGGAUCCCCAAGUAAAGACUGAAAUUCUUUAAAAAUAAUAAAUUGAAAGUUUAAGAUUAUUGUAGCAUCAAAUAUUAUCUUAAUUAAAUAUUAUCUAUAUAUGCUGAAACAUAUAUAUAUUUAAAUAAAGUAUUUUUAAUGACUAAACUGACGUUAAUAAUAGCAAUACAUACUUCUUUAAAAAUUUGAUAAAAAUAUAAAGUUACAAGAUAUAUAUGAAACUGAUGAAAAUCCGCUGUAAGAAAUAGAAUUCAGAUUUUUCUUUUAUUGUAUUGUUAUGUAUAUUAUAAUAAAGUUAUAUAAUAGUUUGAGUAAAUACCAAAUAAUUAUAUCUUGAAACAUAGGUCCCUCAAUUAAAUUCUCUUGUAUACCUAUUAACCUAAGUAUCUUAAUUUCUAUUAGUUACAUCAAGAAGUGUAUCCGAGUAAUGAAGUUCCAUAAAAUCAAAUAUCGUAUUGAAA